AUGAAUGCAACUCAAAAUAUUGAUAUUGAAGAGUGGCAAAAAGAGUUUUUUUCAACAGAAAAAUCUGUAUUUUCUCAGGAAGGUAAUGGUAUAAAUUCUACACAGAAUGAAAAAAGUUUUUUAGAACAAAAAAUAUCCGAAGAUAUACAAAUAUUUGAGCUUAUGAAUCCUGAUGCCUUUAAUAGAAUUCCAAUGAUAUAUGAAAAGAAAGAUUCAAAAUUUAUCGAAGAAAAUUGGAGAGAAUAUAGGCGACACCUUACUCAAGAUUAUUUAAAAAAGUCAAAACAGGCGAAUAGAAAGUUAAAAAAACAAAGUAUAUAA